AUGCAUUCCCAGAGCCUGGCACUGGAGGAGCUGCCCACGCAGGCGCUGGGCACUGUAGAAGCCAUGUGCUACAGGAGUGGAAUGCUGGAGAAGCUGCUCACAUUGCAGGAGCCAGUCACUGGAGCAUGCACACUUGAGGAGCCCACAUGCGCGGAGGGGAAAUGGCUGCCGAAAACAAGCCGGAAGAGCGUUUCUCAAAGUGUAUUGUGCGGAAUUAGCACCUGCUGCGUUCUCAACACCGUGCCACCUAUAGAUGAUCAUGGGAAUAGCAAUAGUCAUGUAAAAAUCUUUUCACCGAAAAAGCUGCUUGAGUGUCUGCCGAAAUGUUCAAGUUUACCCAAAGAGAGGCACCGUUGGAACACUAAUGAGAGAUUAUGAUGUAGCAGUCCCUUUGGAUUUCUUUUUCAUAAUGUGUGACCCUUCACCUUUGAUCCCCUGACAUGCAUUACCUUGGUAACCAUUUCAUUUUUUAGUUUAAUUUCAUUUUUUGAUUUUGGUGUACAAGCUGUAAUAUUUCAUCUCUCGAAGUGUAACUGGCUGAUUUCCUUAAAUAGAGAUACCCCUCUGAACGAUAAAUUUGCAAAAUGCUGUCUUUAUUUUCUGUAUUAAAAUUGAUUUCAAUUUUAAAAAUAAA